CUUUGAAAAAAAUGCUAGAUUAUACUGGACAGACAAAAGCACAUUCAGAAGGCAAUCAUUCUAUUGUAGACUCUGAUUUAGAAAGUUGGUAAAAGUAAUAGAUGUGAAUUUAAAUUUUAGAAGACCUAAAUCUACUUCAGAACAAGAUUAUCGAAAACUUUUUGAAAUAACGAAACAUUGUUUUACUUCUAAAGUUCCUCAGGCAACCUGUGAUGAGAUUCCUGAGUUUAAUUCAUAUGAGGAUUCAUUUUUUCUAAGACCUUCUCUGUGUACUAAUAAAUCAAGCAAAUAAAGCUAUGAAAUUUUUAAGGAAGAGAAGUAAUCAGAAAAAGAAUUAAUAACUCCAAUAAAUGAAGAGAAUAAACAUUUAUUGAUUAGGAGUGAUUAAGUGCAAUGUAAAUUAAAAGGAAUAAAAAUGAAAAGUGGAGGCAUCUACACAGGGUAUUGGUACAAAAGAAAACCUCAUGGCAUUGGGGAAUAUAAAUUUGCGGAUGGAAGUAAAUAUAAAGGAGAGGUAUAUUUAUGAUACAUAAAAAGUGGAAUAAUGGUUUUGCAAAUGGGAAAGGGGAGUAUUAUGACACAGAUGGAGGAUAUUACUUAGGAGAUUUUCAACAAAACUGUAUGCAUGGUAAUGGAAUAUAUAAAUAUUCGGAUGGAACAGUAUAUGAUGGUACAUAAUAAUGAUAAUGAAAGGUUAAUGGUAAAAUGACAAAUAUCAUGGAUAUGGAAUUGAAAUAAAAAUUGAUAGCCAGUAUAAAGGUAAGAAUAAAUUAUAAACUAGGCAAGUUUUAUAAUGGUUGGAAACAUGGAUUUGGAACAUUGGUGUUUUUGAAUAAGGAAAAAUAUGAGGGCUUAUUUGUGAAUGGGUUAUUUGAAGGAAAAGGGAUUUUUGUAACAAAUCUAUUUUCAUCUUUAGAUAUGGCCUGAUGGAAGAAGAUAUGAAGGAGAUUGGAAAAAAGGUUUAAUGCAUGGAUAAGGGCUUCUGUAAUGGCCUGAUGGUAAUUAAUAUGAAUUAAGUAGGUCGCAUCUAUGUAGGAUAAUAUGCGAAUGAUAAAAGAUAAGGUUUUGGAACAUUCUAAUUUGCUGAUGGUCGUAAAUAUGCAGGUUUAUGGAUGAAUGGUUUAUAACAUGGAUCAGGAGAGUUUACUGAAUUUCAUGGUCAAAUAACCAAAGGUGUUUGGAGAGAAGGCAAAUUGUUUUCUCUUCAAUGA